UUUCGAUUCAAAUUUAUCUAAGCCUUCGAAGAGAACUUAUCUAAGCCUUCGAAGAUAAAUUUGAAUAUAUUUCGAUUCAAAUUUAUCUAAGCCUUCGAAGAGAACGGAGCUCUGAAUUUCGCUCCGUUGUCUUAUAUAUUUGGCAGUUUAUCGAUAAGUUUAUCAUCAAGUUUACCAUGGCCACAACGGCUAAGCUUAGGAAAGAAAAUCAAGAUCUAAGAAAUGAGUGAUUGGCGGACUGGAAGAAAAGCUGGGAAAACUUACUAAAGAAAUCUCGAGCAAAACUGUCGUAAUGGCCGAACAAGAAGGCAACCAUGCUGCUCAGUCAACUGACAAAGAUAAGUCUAUUGAAUUUAUUAGUGCACGAUACGAUGACAUUAUUCUGUUUAAAAACUACGCGAUCAAAGAAAUUAACGAUAUGAAAAAGCAAAUUAGCGCCAUAUCUAAGAAAUGAGAAGCAAUUGCGACUUCAAUUGAUCAAAUAGAAGACUAUAGUUAUCAAUAUAACAUAAAAAUUGUCGUUAUGCCACAGCAUAAUGAGAAUGAAUCAGCUGAGGAAACGACACAAAUGUGCAUGUCUAAUGCUAUUUGCUGCUCUGGGAGCCGAUGUCUCGAUACAGGAUAUAGAUAUUUCGCAUCGGAUUCCUGCAAGAAGACAAACUAGUCGACCGAAUGCAAUCGUAUGUAAGUUUGUCCGUCGCUUGGCCAAAGAAAGAGUUAUUGCUGCCAGAAAGCGAACAAGCAACAUCAAUCCACAACAACUAGGGUUAUCCCCAGAGGCUCAACUCAGCAACCUUAAUAUUUUCGAACAUCUAUCCCCACGCUUACAAGAACUUUUGUUCGAAGCCAAUAAAUACAAACGUGCAAAUAAUUGCUGGACAAGGAAUAAAGCUAUUUGUCUCCGAAAACCGGAGAAUGACAAUGUUAUCAAACUUGUCAACCUACAAUAACUUAUUGAUUUACGUCAAGGACAAUGCUUGUGACUUUAUUAUUUAGUUUUAAGUUGAUGUAUACUGUAUGAUUGUUCAAUAUUGUAUUAAUGGCUGUCAAUAAUUACUUUAUUGAUACUCAGCCGCCGCUACGCUACCUUUCACCAUUUAGACGAUGCAGCGUUUAGCGCAGUAUUAUUUGAAUAUGAACAUGGUACAUUAACCUUUGAUUUUGAUCGAUUAGAAUCUCUAAUUUUCAAUCCAAUUGAACAUUUGCCUUCUGUUAUGGAAAAUUCUUUUAUCAAUAACCUUGAUCCAGAUAUAAAUUUCAGCGAGCUUAUGCCACCAAACAGUAGCUAUAUGGUUGAAAAUGAAAUUAAUAACCUAUUAAGGGAUUCAUCGGAUUGCUCAGAAAUGUCUUUUCCAGGGACGCCGGAACGAUAAUAGGGCAAAGGGGGGCGGACGCACACCAAGGGCACCUUUACUGAAAAAUUUUUUUUCACUGCAAAAUUUUUUGGCGACCUCCCCCCACCCCCCUCCCCCUGUCGCCAAAAAAAUUGCGGUCAGUAUACCAU